UUUACGGAGCGCCACCGACUUUUUCGUCUUCUUCCAGUAGAAAAUUGGGUUUUGAUGUCCUUCAAAGGCAGUCUCGAUGUGGCUCCUCUAGACGUAAUUGAAUGGAAUGCGCGUUGUCAGCAUGCAGACGCACUCGGAACCACUGGUGAGGUGAGACCUGCUGGUCCCGAAUACCGUGGUGAAGCCUCCAAAUGA